UUUAAUGUUAGAAUUCUAGCACAUAAAAUAUUGACGCAAGAAUUAUCCUUGUUUGAAAGGAGCAGUAUAUAGCUCAGGGUAUGCUACACGCAGUAAAAAAUACAGAUUGCAAGAUAUUUUAGCAUCGGCAUGGCCUGCAAUUUUCUGUGUGCGGUAGGGCGGCAUGGCGCUUCUCUUUCACUUCACUCAAGUCUGAGAAGAGCUUCGCAGAAAACACGAACACCCUUACCACCUAAAUAUACACAAGCGGCAGCCUCAUCAUCAUCCACAUCGUUAGCCCAUGAAGACAAUGCAGACUCGCAGCUACACAAUGGAGAAGGUCGGGCGUUCGAAUCUCGGAAGAAAUCCUAUUUCCCGAAGAAGAAUGAGGUGGUGGAGCUGGUGUGCGAGAGCUUGGCAUUUAAGGGGAAGGGCGUCUGCAAAAUAGCAGAGUCAGGAUUUGUUGUGAUGUGCGACAGAGCUCUGCCCGGGGAAAGAUUUAUUGGUCGUAUCACAAGAAUUAAGAAAGGCCGUUUUGCCGAGGUUAAAAAACUAAAGACCCUAUCUCCUCAUAACAAUUGUGUGAUAGCUCCUUGUGAGCAUGCAAUAGAUUGUGGAGGCUGUAAGACACAGAAUCUUGCAUAUGAGGCCCAGGUCAAGGCAAAAGAGCAGCAGGUCCGUGAAUUAAUGGUUCAUAUAGGAAGGUUUCCUAUCCAAGGACAUGAAGACUAUAUGAAGCCUAUUGUACCUUGUGAUGUGCAGUUUCACUACCGUAACAAGAUGGAGUUUUCAUUUGGAACGAAAAGUUGGUUACCUGAAGAUACAAUAAAUGGAAAAGAUGGCAGAGAAAUGAACAAACCCGCCUUAGGACUUCAUGUGCCAGGGUGCUUUGAUAAGAUUCUCCCUAUCAAAAAUUGUUUGUUACAACACAAAGUAGCGAAUCAUGUACUUGCAAUUGUGCAAGAGUGCUGGCAGGAUCCAAUGUCAAAUCUAUCUGCUUAUGAUGUUUAUAAACACAAUGGAUUCCUCAAACAUCUCACUAUAAGAACAGGCAGAGAUUAUGACACAGGAUCAUUACAGAUCAUGGUCAAUUUAGUGACAUCCUGUUACAAGCCCACAUUGCUUCAGCCUAUUGUGAAGAAAAUUGUUGAUACCAUUCCAGAAGUGGUGAGCAUUCUAAAUAGUGUUAAUACUUCUGUUGGAAACACAUCAAUUGGUGAAGAGGAAUAUGUAUUGCAUGGUAAUAAUAGCAUAACGGAGACUUUAAGAGGGCUUACUUUUGAAAUAUCAGCUAACUCUUUCUUUCAAACCAAUACUCAACAGGCAGAUGUGCUAUACUCACUGGUAGAAGCAGCAGCAAGUUUAAGAGGUGACAGCUCAGAAAUAGUUCUGGAUUUGUUUUGUGGAACUGGUACUAUUGGUCUUACACUAGCCAAAAAGGUUAAGUAUGUCUAUGGCUAUGAGGUAGUCCCUGAAGCUGUAGCAGAUGCUCGUCGAAAUGCAGCAAGGAAUGAUAUUCAAAAUGCUAAGUUUAUUCAAGGGGAUCUAAACAAAGUAGGUGAUGAUUUUGGGAAUGAAUUUCCUCAUCCAGAUAUUGUCAUUACAGAUCCUAAUCGACCAGGCAUGCAUACAAAGUUGAUUCGCUUUCUUCUGAAACUACGGGCUCCACGCAUCAUAUAUGUGUCCUGCAACCCUGCUACCUGUGCACGAGAUCUUGACUACCUCUGUCAUGGUUUGCCGGAAUCAAAAAUUUUAGGAGCAUAUAGGCUAAAAAGUAUACAACCAGUAGAUAUGUUCCCCCAUACACCUCAUAUUGAAUGUGUAUGCCUGCUGGAACUUUCUUGAUGGAGAAGGAUAUAAAAUCCCAUAAAAAUUAAAAGCUGGUGCAUGAAGUUAAGUUGCCCAGAAUCAGAGAAAGCCAGUGAUUUCAUUAUUAAAACAAUGGCAAAAAUAUUUUGCUUAUAAAUACUUUCGAUUCAGCUUAUCUCCAACCAUCACUUCAUGUUGCAUGCUGAUACAAUUUAAAACUAAAUGUAACUCGUCUUACUCGGCUGCAAUAGAUACAACUAGUUACCUGAUUUGAGCAAAAUACAAGCUCUUGAUGAGGUGGUACUUACAGAAAGAACAUGUUCAGGUUUUCAAUAAAAAGCAACCAUAAACAUGUGCAUAGGAUCAAGCAAUUGGAGUAUGAGAUUGUGGAGUCAUGCACAGUUCACCUUGAAGGUUCCAAUUAUUAUGCUGAGUUGGGUGCACAAAAGGGAAAUGAUCUCAAUACAUUGGCAUCAUACACAGCAGAAACAUAUAAUAUGUAUUAUAUAAAUCCUUUAAUUUUAGAAACAAUUUGAAGUUACUGACCGGUAUGCAAUUAUGAGAAAAAAGCAAUUUUGUGUAAACCUAUCAUUUUUGCUGUAAAUUGGGUUGGCAUUGAUCUCAAGUCCUUUGGUGCAUCUUACGCCUCUAUUAUUGAUUUUCACUUAUCAUUGAAGGAGAAUAAUAUGAGCAUGUUUAUUGAUGUUGCUAUCAAAUAAAUGUUGCAGAAUAUAUUGAUUUGUAUUUCUAGAUAAAAGUGUCUCAAAAAGAAUUUGUUGGCAGUGCAAACUUUGGUUGAGUAACAUUUAUACAACCAGUGCAUUUUAAA